AUGGAGGUUUGGCUAUUGGCAACAACAGUGGUGCACAGACUACAACCCUUAGUGGGAAUGGUCAGUCACUUGUGCAAAGACUAUAUUCAAAAUCGCCUGGUGGAUCAACUGUAUAAUGUUUACAGUGAGGUCAAAACUUCCAAGGAGCUAUGGAACGCCCUGGAAAAGAAGUACAAGACAUUCAAUGUAGGCUCAGGAAAAUUCGCUGUUGCGAAAUUUCUUAACUUUGUCAUGUUGGACUCAAAACCCAUCAUGGAUCAAGUGCAUGAGCUACAAAUGAUAUUGCAAGAGAUAUCAGAUGAAGGAAUGGAGAUCUGUGAGACAUUCACAGUGAAUUGCUUCAUUGAGAAGCUUCCCCCUGGUUGGGCAGACUUCAAGAAUUAUCUUGCAUUCAAGCAAAAGCCUUUGACUUUGGCUAAUUUGACUUCUAGACUGCAAAAUUAG